CCGCUCUAUAAACUUCUAACUCAUCCCACAAAGCCUCUUCCUCUCAUCUUUCUCUCACUGCAAAGAGAGAGAAAGAGAGGAGAGAGAGAGAGAGGGGGGGGAAGGGCCGGCCAGCACUUGUUUGAGAAAAAUGGGAGCCUGUGCUAGCAUGCCUAAGGCCAUGAGAGGUGUAGAUGGUGGGGCACCACCACCGGGGCCACCAAAGGAGGAGACCACUGCCGCUGCUACUGUCCCACCAUCAGAGCCACCUAAGGAUGAGUCCGCCACCGCCACGGACAAGGAGGUGACGGUUGAAGGAGGAGAAAAGAAGGCCGAAGGUGGCAAUGAUAGUGCAAAGCCAGAGGACGAGAAGAAUAAAGAUGGUGAUCGCCGAUCUCUAGGAUCUUUACUCGAGAGUGAAGAAGUGAAGGAGCUACCAAAAACUGAAAAGAUCAGCCCCGAAACCCAAACCAUUGCGGAGGAACAGAAAUCCAAGGCACUUCCCAUAUCGGAUAAGGCUGCCGAAGAACCAGCUGAGAAUGAUGUGGCCCCCUAUGUUGCACCGGUUGCACGUGCCACCGAGGAGGACAAGGAAACAGAAAAUAAGUGAACUAAUUAACAUCUGAUGGGAUGAUAAAAAAAAAUUAAUGAUGGUGUUUGAGGUGAAAUCGUGGAGGCCGGCUUUCAAAUUUAGUUGAUGCUACUAUUGAUGAUCCUUUUAUUUCUUAUGAUUCAAAAGCAAGUGACAAAAGAGUGACACAAAAAGGAAAAGGGAAGUGUAAAAGAAAUGGAUCUAGGUAUCAUAAUUGGUCAGUUCUGGUGGAAUUUUUACUUAAUUUUAAAGGACUUGAAUUUGAUUC